AUGCGUGUCGCGAGUGCCCUCAUCUCCGUCUUGGCCUUGGCCGGCGCGGGAACAGCCCGAGUUUCCCGGCGCGCCAUCGACGAAGAUGCUCGUCCUUCCAACGACACAGCUGUCGCGCCCAAGAAGUUCAUUGUCGAACUCGAGCAGGGAGCCGACAAGGAUGCCGUAGUCCAGCAGCUCCAGGCCAACGACCCGGGCAGCAAGAUCCUCAAGGUCUUUGACUCGUCCCUCUUCAACGGCAUCGCCGUCGAGUCGGAAAGCGAGAACACGGACUCGCUCGAGGCGAUCGUGCCCGUCGUCAAGGCGUGGCACUCGACGCGCAUCCAGCUCGCGCCCGUCGUGGCGGGGGAGUCGUUCAGCGACGAUGCGAGGGCGCUCAAUUACUCGAUCCACUGGAUGACGGGCGUGGACAAGCUCCAUGAGCAGGGGAUCUUUGGGAAGGGCGUCAAGGUUGGCGUUGUUGAUACGGGGACGGAGUAUACGCAUCCUGCUCUUGGUGGGUGCUUUGGUGAGGGUUGUAAGGUUGCUGCUGGGUAUGACUUUGUCGGUGACGAGAGUGAGUUCAUGACUACUACACCCUUAGCUAAACGCGUCAAUAGGUUCACCGGAGUUGCCCCUGAAGCCACAAUCUACUCAUACAAGGUCUUCGGCCCUAAUGUGAGUUGCUCAGUCUGGAUCCCCCCCGUCCCUUGGAGACAUGCUGACAUCAAUUCUCAGGAGGGCACAGCUGAGGAAGUCCUAAUCGAAGCUUUCCUGCGCGCCUACGACGACGGCGUCGACAUCAUCACCGCCUCCGUCGGCUCCACCGGCGGCUGGUCCGACAACGCCUGGGCCCUCGUGGCCUCCCGCAUCGUCGAGCAGGGCGUCGUCGUCACCAUCGCCGCCGGCAACUCGGGCGACGUCGGUCCCUUCUUCCCCAGCAGCGGCGCCGCCGGCAAAGACGUGCUAGCCAUCGGCUCCGCCGACGCCUCCAUCGUCUCGGCCCGCCAGUUCGCCGGCACAUUCACGCUCGACGGCCAGAGCUCUUCCCGGCCGAGAUCGUCGGCUGGCCCAUCGUCCCCGUCACGCUCAACAUCAGCGUCGAGAACGACGCCUGCUCGCCGCUCCCCGAGGGUCUCAACUUCACAAACACCAUCCCGCUCGUGCGCUUCGACGAGGGGUGCCAGGAUUACAUCCGCCAGCGAUGGGUCCAGGAGCGCGGCGCGCGCUUCAUGCUCUUCUACCUCACCGACCGGCCCCAAAUGGGGCCUCCUGUCCAAGGACGCGGGCGAGGCCAUUGUCAAGACGGUCAUCGCCGGCGGCAGCGUCACGGCCGACUUCUCGCUCGACCAGAACAGCAACUACGUUGCCAUGUACAACGCCGGCGGCGGGAAACCCUCGCAGUUCACCUCGUGGGGCGGUACCUUUGACCUCGAGCUCAAGCCUGACGUCACGGCGCCGGGCGGGCGCAUCUUUGCGCCGUUCAUCGGCCACCGCUACCGCGACCUGUCGGGAACGUCCAUGGCUUGCCCGUACGUCGCCGGCGUCGCGGCGCUGUAUAUCUCUGCGCGCGGCGGCCGCUCCAUCCACGGCGCGGGCUUUGCUAGGGCGCUGCACGCGCGCAUUGUCGCCUCGGGCCGCGCGAUCCCGUGGUCCGACGGCACGACGAAGGAUUUCGGGUUCUGGGCGCCGCCGAUCCAGGUCGGUAGCGGGUUGAUUGAUGCCGUCUCCGUGUUGAACGCCACGUCGCAGUUGUCCGGGGAGACAAAGUUUGCGUUGAACGACACGCAUCACUUUUCGCGGUACCACCAGGUCGAUAUCACGAAUACCGGCCCGACGGAGCUCGAGUAUAUUUUCACGGUGCAGAAUGCCGCUGGAUUCGAGGCAUAUUGGACUGCUGAGGCUGCUGAUGCUGGGAUCUCGGCUGUGCCGCGUAUCAAGGAUCUUGUUGAGAUUGAGCCGGUUAAGAUUGGGGCUGUUGUCAGCUUGCCGGCGGGCGGGUUCAAGGUUGGGCCUGGGCAGACCAAGACUGCGAAGUUCUCCUUUGAUAUUCCCCAAGGUCUCAACGCUUCGAGACUUCCCGUCUUCAGCGGCAAGAUUCUCAUCGGAUCGAGCGCCGGCGAUGUGCUCUCGGUGCCCUAUUAUGGUGUCGGCGGUAGCAUCAAGCAUGACAUUGCCGAUAUGUUUUACACCUCCUACGGAUACCCCCGUGUCUCGUCUGGUGUCAACCGCACCGCUCUCUCUGAGAAGCCUAGCUUCACCUUUGACCUCUCCCUCGCCAAACAAGACUUUGUAAGGCUCCAAGUCGCUCUGACCUGGGGCUCCCGCCAGGUCCGCUGGGAUGUCUACGAACCCACCUACCAAGAGCGCGAGUGGGUAUACCCUCCCGUCGUCGGCGAGAAUAAGUACGUCGGCUCUGUGGCCAGCUUCGACGUCUACAACAGCGUCAACUACCCCGUCUUCGACCCGGCCACCGACAGCGUGAACAAUACCUUCUCUUAUCCUCUGCAGGACCAGUCUCGCGAUUCCCCCUACGAGUCGUGGUGGCUUGGCAAGCUGGCGGAUGGAAGCCAGAUUAAGCCUGGAAAGUACAAGUGGCGUAUCGCGGCUUUGAAGGCCUUUGGUAACCCCAAGGCGUCGGAUAACUGGGAGAUUUUCGAGACGCCUGUGAUUGAGGUCCUUCCGCUUGCCGGAAGCAAUGCCACUGCUUUCCGGCGUUGA